CCGGGUGCGCCGCUGCGUUCCAUGCUUCCGGCCCGGUGUUCCAUCAGCUGCUUGCACCUUCCGCCCAGCGCCGGCUUUCCGCGCGACGAUCGCCGAGUCCCAUCUUCGCGUGGCCUCUGCGGCGUCCGAGCCCGCAAUGUCGGGCCCCAACGGGGACCUAGGCAUGCCGGUGGAUGCGGGCACGGAAGGCGAGAAUGACAGCUUCGGGGAAGCAGAGUAUGCUGCCAUCAACUCCAUGUUGGAUCAGAUCAACUCUUGUCUGGACCACCUGGAGGAGAAGAACGACCACCUCCAUGCUCGCCUCCAGGAGCUGCUGGAGUCCAACCGGCAGACGCGCCUGGAAUUCCAGCAACAGCUUGGGGAGGCCCCUGGUGAUGCCAGCCCCUAGGUGCCGGGAGCCCCCAGCAGGGCCCUACCCUCACCUCUCUAGGCCAUGUUCUGGCCUGGGUAGAUACUACUUGGCUUAGACAACAUCUCAGGUACUGGCCUCCAGAUCCUAGUGGGUCUACCAGCCUGGACCAGUCCCCACUCACUGCCCAUCACCCUUGCUGGCGUCAGGCGCCGUCCUACAGUUCACCCACUUGUCUGCCUUCCCAGCUCCUGGUCUCUCCCCCCUCCACCCAGACUGAGAGUCCGUAUUAAAGAUGUCUCCCACA